CCAAUGCGCCUGACUCCGGCCUCUCCCUCCAGGAGCUUGAAGACUUGUUCCCGUCUUGCGGCGGAGUACCCGACACCAAUAGUAACAUCAACAGCAACGCCCCUUCUCCUGGUCGUACAGGUGGCGGUGGCGGAGCGGCUUCUGUCGGCCGCGGUGACGGCGCGGGAGGCCAAGCCGAUCCUGCGGCUUACGCUGGAGCAUCAUACGCUGGGAACACCGACGAUGGCUCAGCGUCGUCUGGCGGAGCUCCUGCGACCUCCGGGAAUUCUGACACUUCUGGGAACUCUCCUCCUCCCGCCGCAGUAGCCAAACCCGUCGACCCGACUACUGCUUCUCAACCUGCACCCGCUGGCAACCAACCGAUCAACCCCCCGAUUCCCGGCCAGGCAACUGCACCCUCGUCGAAUGGAGAUGUCAAUGCCCAACCCGGAGGCCCCGACGCCUCGAGCAAUGUCAACGUCAACGCGAGUCCUGCUUCGGGGGCGGACUCUGGCUCUGGUUCUGGUUCUGGGUCCGGGUCUGGCUCUGCUUCUGGCAACUCCGGUGGCUCUGACUCUGGCGUGGCCGCUGGCAACGUCAACGUGCCCGCUUCGUCUGCGGACUCCAACGCUGGUGCUGGAUCUAGUAGCGACAGCUCGACCGACUCCUCGGCUCCUACGGCUUCCGAUGACAAUGGCGCGUCUGCCUCAGCCAACGCAUCCCCUGCUGCCUCUAACGGCGCUCCCGAUGCCUCUAACGACUCUCCCGCUGUGUCUACCGACGGUUCCUCAGAUGGAGACAACUCGCCGGGCACUUCAGCAACUCCCAACGGGAAUGUCCCCGGUACCGUGUCAGCGUACCCGGCGUACUCAGGCGGUUCCACAGGUGCCACUGCAUCCAACGGCUCUCCUGCCGGCUCAUCUGGGGCAAGUAACGCGUCGGGCGGUGGUAACUCGUUUGGCGCCCCUUCGACCCACGCAAAGUUCGCCCACGGAAGUCCGUCCGAUGAAAGCGCAAACACGGUGUCGCAGUGCGUGGGGAUUCUGUGCUUGAACGCGAAUUUGGUCAAUGCCGCCGAGAAGGAGAUGAUCGGUGAGAACACUGAGGUAUCGCCCACCGGCCACAUCGUGCAGACUAUCCCGGAGUGUACUAGGGGGGCUGAUGUUGGCGCGUGUGUGGAUACUGGUCCCCCGCAAUUGUGAUGGGAGGCGGUUGUUCGUACGUUAUAAAUGUGUACGAGUACUUGGAGUCAUUGGAGAAUACGGGGGUCAAGCCGCUAUAUGCGCGAAUGCUUGCGUGCAAUGAUAACUAGACGGAAGGAGCGAUGGCGUGUCCGCGACAUGGGCGCUCCGUUGAAGCACAGCCGCUGUGCUCGCGCUGGACGAUGAUGAUGGCGCGCGCCACGAGUAGCCCACGUCCACCUUACCCUCAUGCCAUCCUGCACGCCUCCCGACACGUCCUGAGUACCGAGUCCUGACCGCCAAACGCCACGAACAGCGCCAAUGAAGAGCGACUUCGCCGACGAAACCUAUUUCUCCGCCGCCUUCGCCCUCCCGUUCCGCGUGCUUUGUCUCGUCGGGCUCGGAAUCCUCGGCUGGGCGACGAACCUGCACGGGCUGCACAUCUGGCACAUCGACGCCCCCAACACGCUCGAGCUCGCCCUGUCCGCACACGACAGCCGCCGCCUCACGUCCCCGCUCCCAACCGCGACCGGGUGGCGACACGCGCCCGCGGGCCCGCCGCCGCACCGCGCGGUGUACCGGGUGUUCGCGGUGUAUGCGGGGUGGACGCUCGCGUGCUGGGUGGUGUUCCGCGUCGCGACGGCGGCGGACGCGGCGCUCGUGGACGGGUUCAAGUUCGUGCCUGCGCUGGCGGUGCUGUUUGUGCUGACGGCGCUCGUGUGCCCGUUUGACGUGUUGCACAAGCAUGAGCGGGAUCGGUUCCUCCACGCAGUGCAUAGAUGUCUAUUUCCGUCACCGCACAGAGUGUACUUUUCGGACGUCGUAUUUGCGGAUAUUUUCACGUCUUUCGCAAAGGUGCUCGGAGACGUCUGGCUAUCGGUGUGGAUGCUUCUCCCUGCCGGGAGCUUGCUCUCGCAGCCGAGUCAAGACGGCCUGUCGCGGUGGAUUUUACCGACCCUUAUGAGCAUCCCUUACGCUGUCCGUCUACGCCAAUGUCUGGUGGAAUAUAAUGCCCCGGCGAACGAAAGCCGGCGGCCGCUCUUCAACGCUCUGAAGUACGCCUCUUCCUUCCCCGUAAUAUACCUCUCUGCAGCGCAGCGCCUUGUUGUGUCCGAUGUUAUCGCUUUGAAGGGUGAAGCUGCUGCUGACCAGCCAUGGCACGGCGAGCAUCAUCUCUUCCGCUUGUGGCUCCUUGCUGCGGCUUUUAACUCCCUGUAUACUUUUUGGUGGGACGUCACAAACGAUUGGGGUCUUGACCUCCUGCGACCCAAGCACGCUGAAAGCGCAUCUCCUCGAACGUCUGCGCCCCCACGCCCACUGCUCCUUCCUCGCUUGCACUCCCGUUCACCUCUCAUCAAGCAGCCCGAAUCACCCCUAGAUGAGCCCGAAGCCCAGCAACUGACUUAUACCAACACCGGGCGCGGCCCGCACCCAUACGGACUCAGGCCGACGCUCCUCUUCCCCCUCCCCGUAUACCCGUUUGCGAUUCUCGUCGACCUCGUGCUCCGCCUAACGUGGUCUGCGAAACUGUCGAGCCACCUACACUCGUACGCCGAGGGUGACCUGAUUAUCUUCUGGAUCGAGCUUGCCGAAGUCGUACGCCGUUGGAUGUGGGUCUUCCUCCGCGUCGAGUGGGAGACGGUCAAGGAGGCGGACGUACACGCACCCCGGUCACCGCCCCCGCGUCUAGUCGUGGACCGCGGGGACUCGUAUCGGGACGCGAUCCCUGAAGAGUCCGAUUUCGAAUUGGUGCCCUCGGAGCAGCACGGGCGUGGCUCGGACGCCGGCUAGACGCGCGCUCGUGACCGCGACAUACCGGCGACGGAGCAGAUGCUGAGAUAGCCCAAGUUGAAGACGCGCCGUACAGAAGAGACUCGGGCGAUGGUGGGAAGGAUUGGACAGAUGUGUCUGCGCAUCGCGCUUGGCAUGCCGGGCUUCUCUCUACUGUACUAAUGUACUAGUGGGUCUCACAAUUAUAACAGCGCGUCGAUUGUGCCCUCUGCGCACGU